AUUUCUUUUACAUGCAGAUUGCUUUUAUCUUCUAUAUUCUCAUUUUUAUAAUAUUGUUACUUUUUACAUUUUACUUGAAAUUUAUUCUAUUAAUUAAAUUUAAUAAUUUGAAUAAAUUCUGUAAAAAUGGUUGUUAGACCAUACAAUGAAGAAUUGGGUUAUUUGGAAAAGAAGACUCCUUACAUGUGGGAAAUUAAAAAAGGAUUUCAACCUAACAUGAAGGUUGAAGGUGUGUUUUAUGUUAACAAAAUGUUGGAAAAACUUAUGCUUGAAGAACUUCAAAAUGCUUGUCGGCCAGGAAUGAUAGGUGGAUUUUUACCUGGUGUAAAACAAAUUGCUAAUGUAGCUGCUCUACCUGGAAUAGUUCAUAAAUCUAUUGGUUUACCUGAUGUUCAUUCUGGUUAUGGGUUUGCUAUUGGUAAUAUGGCUGCAUUUGAUAUAGAUGAUCCCACAUCAAUAGUAUCUCCUGGGGGUGUUGGUUUUGAUAUAAACUGUGGUGUUAGAUUGCUCCGUACAAAUUUAUUUGAAAAAGAUGUACAACCAAUAAAAGAACAACUAGCUCAAAGUAUGUUUGAUCACAUUCCUGUAGGUGUUGGCUCUAAAGGAAUUAUUCCAAUGAAUGCAAAUGAUCUUGAAGAAGCCUUAGAAAUGGGAAUGGACUGGUCAUUAAGAGAAGGUUAUGUCUGGGCUGAAGACAAGGAACAUUGUGAAGAAAAUGGUAGGAUGUUAAAUGCUGAUUCUUCAAAAGUUAGCACAAGGGCAAGAAAACGAGGUUUGCCUCAAUUAGGAACACUGGGUGCUGGAAAUCAUUAUGCAGAAAUUCAAGUCGUUGAUGAAGUUUAUGACAAAUGGGCAGCAAAGAAAAUGGGAAUUGAAAAUAAAGGUCAAGUUUGUAUUAUGAUACAUUCUGGAAGUCGAGGAUUUGGACAUCAAGUAGCUACUGAUGCUUUACUAGAAAUGGAAAAAGCAAUGAAACGAGAUAAUAUUGAGACAAAUGAUCGGCAGUUAGCUUGUGCUCGUAUUAAUUCUACAGAAGGUCAAAACUAUUUAAAAGCCAUGUCAGCUGCGGCAAAUUUUGCUUGGGUUAAUCGAAGUUCUAUGACAUUUUUAGCACGUCAGGCGUUUGCCAAACAGUUCAAUUUAACACCAGAUGAUUUAGAUAUGCAUGUAAUUUAUGAUGUGUCUCACAAUAUUGCGAAAAUGGAACAACAUUUUGUUGGUGGAAAACCUAAACAUUUAUUGGUGCACAGAAAAGGGUCAACUAGAGCUUUUCCACCAUAUCAUCCUCUUAUUCCAGUAGAUUAUCAAUUGACUGGGCAACCUGUUUUAAUUGGAGGUACUAUGGGUACAUGUUCAUAUGUUCUAACUGGAACAGAACAGGGUAUGAAUGAAACAUUUGGAUCUACCUGCCAUGGAGCGGGACGAGCUUUAUCUAGAGCAAAAUCUCGUAGAAAUCUGGAUUACACUCAAGUUUUAGAAAAGCUAGAACAACAAGGUAUCUCUAUAAGAGUUGCUUCGCCAAAAUUAGUCAUGGAAGAAGCUCCAGAAUCUUAUAAAAAUGUUACAGAUGUAGUUGAUACUUGCCAUGAAGCAGGGAUCAGUAAAAAGACUGUUAAAUUAAGACCUAUAGCUGUAAUAAAAGGAUAAUUAAUAUAAAUUGUAAGCAAAUAAUUUAUUUUUGUCUUAUCAUUUUAUAGCUUAUACUAAAUUGUAAAUAAUAUUUGCUUUUAAAUACUAAAUAUUUGUAAUUAAAAAUUGGUUUAUUCUUA